UAAAAGUACACUUUUUUUUCUGUGGGUGAUGUGACAGAUGACAGUGACAGUAGUGGAGGUAUGUAAAUUGUAUUAAUUGUAAACACGUGCCGUGCGUACUGUACUGUUUCCUUUUUUUACAAUGGGCCGUAAAAUACCUGCAAAGAAACAUCGAGGUGUAAAAGAUCCUAAUGCGCAACAGGCCAGACGGUGGCAGAGCAUUAAAGGAAAAAUAAAUGCACCUCCUAAAGAUCCAGACGAGCAACCAGUGCCAAAAUCUUUGACUAGGUUAUUCAGUCAACAUAACCCCAAAUCUGAAGAUAAACAGAAAAAGAAGAAGCGCAAAGCUGCUGCUAACAUUUCAGUUGGAAACAGAAAAGCACAGAACCCAGUAUCUCAAUUACGGAGGCUGCCUGGUGAAUCGGGACGCAGCUUCUCUCUGAGAAUCAAUGGAGCAAUCAGAGCACUCAAUGACUCUGCAGAGGACUUACAAUACCCUGUCGACAUGGAAGACGAGGGGGACGUGAAAGGCGAGCGCAUGGCCGAGCAGCGACGCAGGCGCGAACGCAAGCGGCGCCGCCGAGACAACGACCUCGCUCGCAACCACAACCGCAACCACGACCAAGACAACAAACAAGGCGACGACGUGCCCAAGCUCACGCGCGGACAGCGACUCACGCUCAAGAAGAAGGCUAAGAAGCUUAAACUGACUGAGGUAGAGAAACGCGAAGUGGUAUACGAGCGCGUGGGUUUCGGCGAGGUGGCGCACGCGCCGCCCACGCUGCGGUUCAAGAGGAACAACAAGGGGAACACCGACGGUGCUGCCAAGGGUGUUCGUAGCGGGCUGCUACUCAGCAGUAUGCUGCAGCCCUCCCCCUCCCCGUCCGCGUCCCCCUUGGGCGCCCCGUCGCCGGCAGACGCGGAGCGCCGCGAGCGGGCCCGCGCGUCCGCGGUGCUCGCGUACCGCGCGCUGAAGGCCCAACUCCGGACCAACGGCGACUCCGCAUCCGCAGGCAAAAAACUAAACCGACCGCGACCCACUGUAACGCUAUAGAUUUAAUAAAAACUUGUUACGAUCACGC